ACGCCUUUUACUCCACCUUAAUACACCUUGUAAUUGUCGCCUUCUAGUCAUCCGUUUACCUGCAUUUGUCUAUAGUCACUCAAUAUGCGUGUCUCCUCUACCUUUUUGGCCACGGCAGGCCUCCUGUCCUCGGCCAAUGCUGCCAUCAAGGGCUUCAACUACGGUGCCCAGUUCAACAACGACCAGGCCAAGCAUCUUGUCGACUUUGAGUACGAGUUCAACGCUGCCAAGCAGCUCCCUGGCACCAGCGGAUGGAACAGUGCUCGUCUGUACACCAUGAUUCAGCACGGUACUCAGAAUACUAUUAUUGAGGCCAUCGAGGCUGCCAUAAACACCAAGACGAAGCUACUCCUCGGCAUGUGGUGCUCAGCCGGCCAGACGGCCUUCAACAACGAGAUUGCCGCCCUCAAGGCUGCCGUUGCCAAGUACGGCACUGCCUUUACUGACCUGGUCGAGGGUAUCUCUGUCGGUAGUGAGGACUUGUACCGUAUCAGCUACACCGGAAUCGAAAACAAGUCCGGUCCUGGUGCCGGGCCCCAAGAGCUCGUCAAGUACAUCCAGCAGACGAGGGAUGCCAUCCGUGGAACUCCUCUCCAGGGCAAGCCCAUCAUUCACGUCGACACCUGGACUGUCUUCGUCAACGGCACAAACCAGCCUGUCAUUGACGCCGUUGAUGUCAUCGGCAUGGACGCUUACCCCUACUUCCAAACCACCAUGAACAACAACGUCGGUAGCGGCAGCCAGCUGUUCUUCGACGCCUUGCACCAGGUCCAAGCCGUGGCCAAGGGCAAGAAGGUCAUCGUCGCCGAGACUGGAUGGCCCGUCAGUGGCAAGACUAUGAACCAGGCCACUGCCAGCCCCAAGGACGCCCGUAUCUACUGGGAGGACGUCGUCUGCCAGUUGGUUGCCGACAACGUCGAUCUGUACUACUACAUCCUCCAGGAUGUCCAGUACGGCAACCCCGUUCCUUCCUUCGGUAUCAAGCCUGGCGGUGACCUCAUGGCCGUCCAGCCCCUGUUCGACCUCUCAUGCCCUGCCCGCAAGGUAAGCUAGGCUCUUCCCAUGCUCCUGUCGCCCAUCUUGUCCUCAUUCCUGUACACGUGGUUGGCUGUCUGUUCACUGUCUAAAUGUAACUGCCAAUGCUCAUGUCCGCCACAAGCCCUGGGCCAGGGUGCGUGGUACGGCAGAGUAGAGUCGCAUUGGCCGAGUAGUUUCAGCAGCACCAGCACCACACCAACAGGAUUGUUGUGUAAGAGGGCUGCAAAGUUUCACACCAAAAAAAAGUAGCCAUUCACUAACUCUCGACUAGUAAACAUACAUCCAUCCCAACAACCGAUGUUCGCUGUGCCCAUAACCUCUGAUCGGCCCCAACCAGCGUUGAUAUUGGACACCACACCCCUUACACUUUAGUGACGGCCGUCACUCUGUAAUGUAAAAUCUUAGACAUUGAUCAAAGUAAUAAAAUACCCUGUAUAUAUAUAUCAGUUCUAGACAAAAUCACACAUCCACC